CCGGGUGGAGGAGGAGGCGAAGGAAGGGAACCCGGUCCCUGAACCAGGUCCUUCGACCAGAGCUUUUUCCAUGUGGAGGCUCUUUCAAUGGACGUGUCCCCGCGUGCUUCUUAGACGGUCUGCGGUCUCCUAAAGGUCGACCAUGGUGGCCGGGACCCGCUGUCUUCUAGCGUUGCUGCUUCCCCAGGUCCUCCUGGGUGGCGCGGCCGGUCUCAUUCCCGAGCUGGGCCGGAGGAAGUUCGCGGCAUCCACUGGCCGCUCGUCUUCCCAGCCCUCGGACGAAGUCCUGAGCGAGUUCGAGUUGCGGCUGCUCAGCAUGUUCGGCCUGAAGCGGAGACCGACCCCCAGCAGGGACGCCGUGGUGCCCCCCUACAUGCUGGACCUGUACCGCCGGCACUCGGGUCAGCCAGGCGCACCCGCCCCGGACCAUCGGCUGGAGAGGGCAGCCAGCCUCGCCAACACCGUGCGCAGCUUCCACCACGAAGAAUAUUUGGAAGAAUUGCCAGAAAUGAGUGGGAAAACAACCCGGAGAUUCUUCUUUAAUUUAACUUCUAUCCCGACUGACGAGUUUAUCACCUCAGCAGAACUUCAGGUUUUUCGGGAACAGAUGCAGGAAACUUUGGAAAACAACAGCAGUUUCCAUCACCGCAUUAAUAUUUAUGAGAUUAUAAAACCUGCAGCAGCCAACUUGAAGUUCCCCGUGACCAGACUUUUGGACACCAGGUUGGUGAAUCAGAACGCAAGCAGGUGGGAGAGCUUUGAUGUCACCCCUGCUGUGAUGAGGUGGACCGCGCAGGGGCUCACCAACCACGGAUUUGUAGUGGAAGUGACCCACUUGGAGGAGAACCAAGGUGUCUCCAAGAGACACGUCAGGAUUAGCAGGUCUUUGCACCAAGAUGAGCACAGCUGGUCACAGAUCAGGCCACUGCUAGUAACGUUUGGCCAUGAUGGGAAAGGACACCCCCUCCACAAAAGAGAAAAGCGCCAAGCAAAACACAAACAGCGCAAACGCCUUAAGUCCAGCUGUAAGAGACACCCUUUGUAUGUGGACUUCAGUGAUGUGGGGUGGAAUGACUGGAUUGUAGCCCCCCCGGGGUACCACGCCUUUUAUUGCCAUGGGGAAUGCCCUUUUCCGCUGGCAGAUCACCUGAACUCCACUAAUCAUGCCAUUGUUCAGACGUUGGUCAACUCCGUUAAUUCUAAGAUUCCCAAGGCGUGCUGUGUACCAACGGAACUCAGUGCUAUCUCCAUGUUGUACCUUGAUGAAAACGAAAAGGUCGUAUUAAAGAACUAUCAGGACAUGGUUGUGGAGGGUUGUGGGUGUCGUUAGCACAGCAAAAUGAAAUAAAUACACACACACACACACACACACACACACACAUAUAUUUUAAGAAAAAAGCAAAAAAAAAAAAAAAAAAAAAAAAAAACCAAGUUGACACUUUAAUAUUUCCCAAUGAAGACUUUAUUUAUGGAAUGGAAUGGAGAAAAAAAAAAACACAGUUAUUUUGAAAAUAUAUUUAUAUCUACAAAAAGAAGUUGGGAAAACAAAUAUUUUAAUCAGAGAAUUAUUCCUUAAAGAUUUUAAAAUGUAUUUAGUUGUACAUUUUAUAUGGGUUCAACCCCAGCACAUGAAGUAUAAUGGUCAGAUUUAUUUUGUAUUUAUUUACUAUUAUAACCACUUUUUAGGAAAGAUAGCUAAUUUGUAUUUAUAUGUAAUCAAAAGAAGUAUUGGGUUUGUACAUAAUUUUCCAAAAAUUGUAGUUUUCAGUUGUGUGUAUUUAAGAUGAAAAGUCUACAUGGAAGGUUACUCUGGCAAAGUGCUUAGCACAUUUGCUUUUUUGCAGUGCUACUGUUAAGGUCACAAGUUCAAGUCCAGAAAAAAAAAAAAAAAGUGGAUAAUCCACUCUGCUGACUUUCAAGAUUAUUAUAUUAUUCAAUUCUCAGGAAUGUUGCAGAGUGGUUGUCCAAUCCAUGAGAACCUACGUCCUUAUUAGGUGGAAUAUUUGGAUAAGAACCAGACAUUGCUGAUCUAAUAAACACUCCCCUACCCCUUAACUUGCAGAAAGAAUAAAGCAGGACCAAUAGAAAUAAUUAGGAAAAUGAUAAACCUGCAGGAAAGUGAAUAAUGGUUUGUUGUUCUUCUUUCCUAAACUAGUGAUCCCUUCAAAGGGGUUGGUCUGGCCAAAGUAUUAAAUAAAACAUAAGAUUUCUUCAUUAUGAA